AGUGCUGACGUUGCUCGCCCGGCCCUGGCGAGGCUGCAGAGCGAAGUGGAAAGAAAAGGAGGAGGUGGAGGACAGAAGAAAAGGAUGGGCUGUGGAGAAGGCGGCGGCGGCGGCGCAGCAGGAGGAGACCGCUUUGCACUUGGGAAGUAAGGCGCGGGGUGGGGGGAGUUGACCAGGGCGGGGCGAGGAGGCCCGGAAGCGUCUGGAUUGCUGGAGCCCGGCUGUCAGUCGGCUGGCAGCAGCCCCCCUCCGGCCGGGCGCGGAGAGAGCGAGACGGGCUGGCUGGCUGGCGGGUGCGCCCUCCCCGAGCCCCGCCAGAGCAGGCAGCGGCGUGCGCGUCCGGGAAGCGGCCCCUUCCCUCCCCGCCGGCUGCCGGUGCCCCCAGCCGCCAUCGGGAGGCCCCGUGGCUUUCCAAUGGAGGAGCAGCCCGGCCAGCCGCAGCCCCACCACCAGCAGCAGCAGCCCCAGCCGCCGCCGGCGCAGCAGCAGCAGCCCCACCACCACUACCACCACCAUCAUCACCCGCACCACCACCACCACCACUACUACUACUACAACCACAACCACCACCAGCACCACCAGCAGUAUCUGGGCGAGGGCAGCCCCGGCAAGGCCCAGCAGCAGCAGAAGCCGCCUCUGCAAGCCCUGAAACAUGAGCCUAAGCACGGAGGCGGCGGCGGCAUUGGCGGCACGGGCACCGCAGCAACAGGAGGCGGCGGCGGCGGCGGCAGUGGCGGCCUCCAGCAACAGCAGGAAGCGCCCCGCAAGAAAGCAGGCUAUGGGGAGCUCAACGGGAACGUCGGAGAAAGAGAAGCCUCUCUGAAGAAUCUGAAUGCGGCCGAACCGGCUGGUUCCAUUUCCAGGGUUCCCAACGGCAACCAGCAACCCGGAGACACUACUCUCGCCCUGAAACCGGCUGUGAAGGGCGGCCCUUUUGGGAAGGCCGGACUCAAGCCCAAGAACUUCAUUCUGAAAGGGGGCUUGGACAAAAAGGGCGAGAAAUGUUACGAGAGUAAAAUGCGAGAGAGCCAGCCCUCAGAGAAGACGGAGGCACUCUCUAUCCCCAACGGCGUGGUCACGAGCGGUCCCGCCUACAUCACUAAUGGUUACGUCGGCAAAGGGGUGGACAACGACGGGAGCGGCUCGGAGAGCGGCUACACCACGCCUAAGAAGCGGAAAGGCCGGCAGAACAGCGCCAAGGGCUGCGAGAACCUGAGCCUCGUGCAGGAGAAGAUCAUGCAGCACGAGUCGGCCCUUGCCGCCUCGACCUUGAAGCAGGAGGUGGACGGUUUCAAGGCCGACGGCGGGGAGCUGAAGGCGGGCAGAGUGGGUGGCAUGAAGCUCACUUGGAAAUGCGAGGCGGGGGCCGGUCGCGGGAAGCCAGGUGCCGGGGACAUGCCACGGAAGAACUCGGAGGCCAAAGUGGGCGUCGCCAGCAAGAAGUUUGAGGAGCGCCCCAAGGGGAAGCACCUGUCAGUCGCUUCCUCCAAAGAGGACUCCUGGACUCUCUUUAAGCCGCCCCCAGUUUUCCCAGUGGAUAACAGCAGCGCCAAAAUUGUUCCGAAGAUCAGUUAUGCAAGCAAAGUGAAAGAGAACCUCAACAAAGCCGCACAGAACCCUUCUCCGUCCCUGUCCUCCUCCUCCUCCUCCUCCUCCUCUUCAUCUUCCUCCUCCUCCUCUUCCUCCUCCUCCUCUUCCUUGUGUUCGUCAUCUGCUGUGGAAGUGCAGGUCCAACCCUCCAGCCGCCUGUCCCAGGUCCCCAUGUCCGCCAUGAAAUCCGUUACUUCUGCUAACUUCUCCAAUGGGCCGGUUUUAGCGGGGGGCGACCGCGGAGCAUGCUCCCUGGGGACCCAGUCGCUGCUCGUGCCUGCUGCUAGUGCCGUUCUGCCGGCAUCUUCUGAGCUGGUGCCCCAGGAUGCGAGUUCUGCUCUGGUGGCUGUGGAGCAGAAGAAGUCAAGUCUUUUAAUCUACCCUUCAAAUAUGCAAGCCGUUCUCCUCAGCGCCACACACCCUGAGCCACCGUUCCAGACGAACCAGCAGAGCCUCGGUGACAUCUUCCAGAACCAGUGGGGUUUGUCCUUUAUCAACGAUCCCAGUGCGGGCCCUGAGACUGCUGCUAGGAAGGCGGGGGAUGCGAAGGCUGUGGAAGUGACAUUUCAAGGGGAAUGCCCUGCCGUUUUGGGGUCCCAGGGGGCCGAGACGGGUCCCGAGCAGCCGGUGUUCCCCAAGGCUUACGAGCUGGACAAACGGACUAGUCCGCAGCUCCUCGGCAGUCUCCUCGAGCUGGGGACCACUGGUGAGGCGGGUGGCUUCUUGCUGGAGUCCCAUCCACCCAGUGGCCUGCGGCAGGCUGAGCUCAGUGGCCCAGGGGCAUUUGUGUUCCUGGCCAAGGACUGCAAUGUAGAGAGUCGCCUGGCCUCCCCUCCCACGAACAGUUUGUUAGCCUCCGCCAAAGAACAGAGCCACCAGAGGGGCCUAGAAAGGAAAGAGAGCUGGAGUGAUUUUGACCUGAGGGCUGCUGUUCUAUAUCACACUCAAGAAAUGGAAUCUAUUCAUAACUUGCAAAAACAAGAUCCCAAAAGGAUAAUCACCUACGAUGAAGCCAUGGAUCAUCCUAACCAAUGAGGGGAGAGGACGGCGUUGCUCAUGGGCGCCUUCUGCAGCGACCACCACAUGCUCCCCACCAGGAACGGGCGGCAGCAACGGCCUUUGGUGCUCCUAGCGCCUCUGGGCGUGACAAGACUUCUCAAGGAAUUGGCAGAGACUCUCAUUAUGGGAUUAUUUAAACUUCCGGUUUUGAACUUUCACAGUCAUACCCCUUCCUUACCCCCCUUUAUUAUCUCCUCCCCCACCCACCCCCACUUUCCGAAAAUGGACCCAAGUCGCUGAAGGCUGCUGACUCGGCCUGCCCAAGAACUUUUGGACAUCUGUGGGACGAGGGCAUCACAGGUUUGCCAGGACUCUGCAGGCAUCACUCACACACUAAUGGCGAGGAGGUUGGGGCAUCUGUUACCUUUUCGUAUCCCUCUGGCCACACUGCUUCUCUCACCUCGCCCCUUCCUGCCCGUCUCCCAUCCACCCCACCCCACCAUCUUUCCUGGAAGGCUGGUUAGACCUGGAGCAUGAUAGGGUUCUUCACCCUUGUCCCACAGAACUGGGUGCAGGGGGAAUUGGUCUUAAAACACUGUGUGUGACUGUGUGUCUGCUCCCUGCCUCUGCAGGGAGCGGGGGAAAGCAUCACUGCAGUUCCAGAAUCGCACACAGUCUACAAAGCAUUCGGGUUCACUUAGGGGAAGAAUGUGCCAUUCUGACGUCUCCAGGCCAAAACCCUAGAUCGCCUCGUUUUGGUUUCAUUAAGGCAUUCAGGAUGUGUCUGUGUGUGUGGUAUGGGGAAAAGGUCUGAAAAACAGUGGCCACAUUCCCAUAACUUUAUACCAUGUCCCUGAGAGCGAGCAAGCAUAAAAAAGAGAGAGAGAGAAAUCCGUGUCCCCCAUCUCCGUCGCAAAGCUGAAAUGUAAGGAAUUUGUAUUUUUGCUAACUUUCUAUGUGAUGUGUGCGCACGCACAGAUGCACACGUUAACUUUUGUUCUACCUGAAAUUAAUUUUUUUUCCUCGAAAAAAGAGAGAACCAGUACCAGUGCACCCUGUUGCCCACCCCCUUCUCCCACCUCCUGCUUGCCUUCGAUUCUGCUAAUUCGCCCUUUUCUGGACUGAGACAAAGAGGCUGUUCUAGGUCAUUAAUGCUCUCUGUAUCUCCCCCCCCCCCUUCCUUCUGAGCUCAGCUGCAUUUUCACAAUAAAUUUUGUUGCUGAAGCAGAUCUGCGGGGGAGGGUUGGCGAGAACUGAAUUUUUUAUUUUUUAUUUUAAACGGAAACAAAUAGGAAAAAGUUGGAAUUUGGGGCUCCCGAAACGGGUUGUGAAGUUGAAAAAUCUGGGCUGCUGCUGUGUGGCAUGGGGAGGAGGGGUGGGGAGCAGUGUUUUAUGAGGAAAGGUUGGAGGGAAUCUGGGGUGCCCUCUUGAGGCCAGGGAAAGGGUUUGAGUGGUGGGACGUUUAGGGGUGUCUGGUAGUGGGGAAACAUCUUGGUUGAGAGUGACUUCUGGGGGUCCUCAAAGGGGCAACAGCCAAAUUUCUUUCUCCUUUGUCAAAGAUUUGUACUGUGUGUGCAUGCGUGCGCACGCGUGUGCAUGCGUGUGUGUGUUCUCUCAACAUGCCUUUAAAAAAAACCAAAAACCACCAGCUAUGAUUCUGUUGCUCCUUGCCACUGCUGGCUGAAACUCUCAACCGUUGGGACUUGCAGGCUGUUGAAGCACCGCCUGGCUGGCGUUGGCCUUCUUAAGCAGCUGGGUUUCUUCUCCCUGGCCCUUCUACUGUGUCUUCUGGGGGGGAGGGGGCAGCUGAGCACAGCCGGUCUUGCAAGAUGGAGGGUUGUGUGUGUCUGGCUGUUCUUGCCAGAUGGAGUCGGGGGUUUUCAGGUGUGGGUCCCCGGAUGAUGUCGGACAAGUUGUAGUCCAGCAUCUGUGGACCCACAUGCAAGAACCCCUGGAGUGAGUCGUUCCAGGUCAUUUUCCAAACCCUGGGCAGUCUCUUAAAGAAAGCAGGAAACACUGCUUUCUCUUUCUCCUGAUCUGCUUUGGGAGUGGAACGAAAGGAGUGUCCCACUUCUCUCCCUGCCUGAUGAGAAGAGACAGCUUGGGACUUGUCAGUUGAUUCACUGGGCCUGGAGUUCAGUGGGAACCACCUUUCUAUUCUGAGGGCCCCCAUCCCGGCCCAGUAGCCCAGGGCCAGUGGUUGGGAGCCAUGGCUGCAACACUCUCUCUCUUCCCCCGUGGCCUCGUUUUCGAUUUUUAUAGCCUCUUUCCUUGUCAGGAGUCUCCUCCUGAAGUCCUCACACAAUUCUUUAUUGAGCACUUACUAAAGACAAGUCAUAAGAACUUAGUCUUUGCCUCAUCCUUCCUGAUUUAUAUUUUUGUGCAAAUUUCUGUGGGGGUGGGGAGACGAACGGCUUAGCACAUGGAAAUAACGCUGACGUAUAGAAGUAUAAUGGCUUUUUUUCACUCAAAAGUAUUAGUACUGUAUCAUUAACCAAAUAUAGAAUGUGUGUAUGUACGCGCAUGUGUGAGAGAUCCUCCAGUCCAUCCCUAGAAGGCGGGCACAAGCAGAGGUGAAGACACUGGAAGUUGCAGCUUCGUACAUUAGAGCAUGGGGGUUCUCGGCUGGGGGGCGCUCCAGAUGAUGUUGUACUACAACUCCCAUCUCCCCCCUGCCAUUGUGUCGGGGUGAUGGGGGCUCUAGUCCCAACAACAUCUGGGGACCCAAGGCUGAGAAUCUCCCCUGCCUUGGGACUUAGAAGCGAGCUCUUCUUUAGUUGCAUCAUUGUUGAAGUUGUGGAGUUUUGCAGGGUGACAUUAUGUUCAGUGCAUGUGGAGCCCCAAGAUGGAACUGCGGUCUCUCCCUUCUUCGCUGCAAAGAUGUGCAAAUGGGUGGAACACGCGUGGCCUUUUCGUCUUUUAAGGUGGUGUUGCACAAGGCUGGAUUUGUCCUCUUCUUGCAAUAUCUCUGGACUUCCGCCCUCUGGUGUGAGUUUUGGGGUGGAGAGGGGAGCAGCAGCAACAUCCAGAAUUGUGGAAACGAGGGCUGAUAAUAAAGGCAGAGGAUCACAAGGGUUUUUGUAGAUCCAGAGGAUCACUGAAGCUUAUUGUAGGGGGCAGACUGGCGUCUUGACCCUACCACUUCAGGUGGAGUGCUUCACGACUGAAUGCUCUUCCAUAUAUUAAGCUGUCCCUGCUCAAAGAAAACCAGACCUCCUUAGGAAAUUGAAGAGGUGAUCUAGCUUAGCUCCUCGCUGAUUUGCUAGUUUAUUCUUGGCGUGGCUUCCCUCCCAUUGGUAAGCAUUUGACCAUGUGAUUCCCCCCAACACCCUGACAGUCUGGAAGGAGAUUUCCCACCUCAUCUGCUCGGUGAGUGAGCUAGGCCCCAGUUUCUGUUAUGAUGCUGUUUCCUGGUCACCUGCAGAACCUUUGAGUGUGGCUGCUGCUGCUAAUGAAAAGUAUCUAGUUCCCAGCUGCAGGCCUACGUCUACUUCUGUGGCCUGGUGAAGGGCCUGCUUUUCACUUUUUGGACCCGCAAACCGUCUUGCUUGUAACUACGUUGGGGUAGUUGGGGGGGAGGGAAUCAUCCUAAUACAUUGGAGCACCCUUGUUAAAUGGUGAAAAAGUUGAUGUCAGCAACGCCCUCUGCCCUUUGUCCAAGAGCGUUCCUCCAGUGUUACUGAACUCAGAAAAAUGUGUGCUUGUUCCAAGGCGGCAUCUUUCAAACGGGACAUUGUUGGCAACCAUGUUGGGCACGCCAGUUGGGGCUCACCGGUCGCUGGCACUGGAGGACCUGCCUCUUCUCACUCUCAGAUGGUCCAGAGCAGAAUCUUUUGGUUGCAUCCUAAUCCAGAGUUCUCCCAAGACAUGGAGGAUUUGUUCUUGGAUGAGAAGGAAGCAGUGGUGGUCCCAAGCGUGCAACGAGAACCACUGCACUCCUAACACUGCAGAUCUCUCUUGAGUAACCUUUUUGCCUGCAUAUUGGUGGGGAAACUGCUGUUAGUCAUGACUGCUACAUAGUGGCUUCCUUGGCUAGAGCGUUUUUGAGGGGUGUGUGUGUGACUGAAUGCUUUUCUUUCUUUUCAGCAGCCUUAAUACAUUUUUAAAAGCAAGCCUGUAGGUGUUGUCAAAACGCCAUUUAGCCAGAAUGUGUUGAUUUUUGAGAUGCUUAUGGCCUGCUUCUCUAGUUCAGCAGUUGCCUUUUUAAAGUCUGUGUUUAAUUGUCAUAGUGUCUGGUUUUUCUUUUUUGGGUGGGGGCUUAAUCUAGGAAGGAUUUUACUUCCGACACGCAAAGACAUUUCAUUACGUUGCACUGAGCCUUCUCCAUCUUUCUGCUGCUGUUAUAUGACUCCCUGUGAAUGUGGUGGAGGUAAAAAAAAAAUCUGGCUUGUGUGGGUUGUGUGCACCUCAUCCCAUGAGCGUGGAGGGGAAGGGAUUUGGACCCCAGUUACGGGAGGAGUUGCUGUGUUAGAGCAUAGCAGUACCUUGAAGACGAACACGUUUUAUUGCUAUGCAAGCUUUUGUGGAUCACAGGUCAUGUGCAUCUGGUGAAAUGUGCUUUAGUCCACAUAAACUUGUUACAGUACAUUUCUUAGUUCUUAGUCUGAGAUGCUACAGAUCCCAGGUAGUGCAUGAAAGGUUGGGUGCGUGCGUGCGUGAGUCUUACUACUUACUCAUCUGUAUAAAAUAUAAUUAAGGCAAAUGCUAAUUCAGAAAGGUGCUGCAUAUUUCUCCCUUCCCUUCACUCUGUGGGAAGGGUUCUGCAAUUGGUGAGGUUUUCUUCAGGUUUAACAUUUCAGAGAGUCCACAUCUUGUGGUCUUGUCUUGGGACGAGCAUGGUGACCCACACACCUCUACCACCUCCUGCCAUUAAGGGCUCAUUCAAGAUGAUGAACACAAUCCAGUUUGGGACUGGCUGAAUGGCUAUUGCUUUCCCCAAGGGAUCCUUGGGAAUGGCUGCUUUGCAAGGGUGUCAAGAGCUCUGGAUUCCCCAAGGCCUACUGCAGGACUGCAUAUCCCCGAUUUCCUUCACUGUGUCUGCUUUCAAGCUGGGUUGAGAUGGCAGUGCAUAGAUCCGCCCUUAGUGUACCACCCGUCUGAAGAUCCGGUGAACUAUCCAGGUGCACUUCAGUUGUUGCAUGUUAUGGAGGAUGCUUGGUGAUCGUGUGUGAGUCUGCUCUGAUUUUUAGGGAUUCUGGGAGAAGCCCCUUAGCCAGCAGAGAGGCACCAGACCAACCGCGUGGCAGUCCAGUCUCAAGGAGUGGUAUGUCUGGAUGGGAGGGCAGACAAAUGGGGUGGAGAAUGUUGGCAUUCUGCUACAAUCCUGCUGCACUGUUCAGAUCUCCUUCCUAGCCAAAUUUGGCCUGUUAAGGUCAUUUGUCAUUCUCGCUCAUCAGGGUGGGCGCUGCUCACUUAUGGAAGUGACUUUCAUGCCUUCACUCUUUUGAGCAGACCGCUCGCAUUCAGCAUUGGCUGUAACUAAAUUAGUCUUAUCUGCCUGGUCUUGAGGCAAGGGAGACUACAGAAAAAGCUUAGAGCCAGGGGCAGCCAACCUGGUUCUCCAGCUGUUGUGGUUCAGCAACAGCUGGAGAGCCAAGGUUGCCUGCUCCUGGCUUAGAGCAAGGGUUCUUGAGCUUGGGGUUCCCACAUGUUGCUGGACUACAACUCCCAUCAUGCCCUGCCACCUGGAAACCCGAGCUUCAUAUCCCUGGUUGAUAGAGGAAGUUUCCUUUUGUGCUCUGGCGCAGAGACACAGGGCUUCCUUGCCUGUCAGCACCUGGUUAAAUCACGGGAGCUCCCGCCCAGUCUUCCAAACCCAGGCUGGCAGUCCCAGAAUCCCUUUGGGGAACCAGCAAGGGUCACAGGAGGCUUCCACAGCCUCUUGAGGGAGGAAGACGUUUUAAGCAGGGAUAAAUGCUUUUGGAGUUCCGGGGAGUGUGUGCGUUGGACACCUCAAGGGUCUAUUUGAGCAUUCCUUGCCUGUUGUCCUAGUGUGUGUCUGUGUGCUCUCUAUGUCUGAUCUGCUUUGCUUCAUAUGAUGUGCCUUUCUUGUAGUGUGUGUGUGUGUGUGUGUGUGUGUGUGUGUGUGAUGACAUCUCAUUGUACCCCAGGUCACUUGGCUGCCCUUGAGGCUCAUAGGGAAGGGCUGCCCCCUUGUAUGACUGGGUAGCUUCGGCAACGAGAACUGCCUGCUCAAGCAUGUGCCUUGGGUCUAGCCAAGGGCACAAGCCUGAGUUGUGGUGUCUUAACCCAGGAGUCCUCAACCUGGGCUCCCAGUUACUGAUGAGACUAGAUGACACACACAUCAGGUGGUAUAUCAAUAUAAAUAAGAUUACAUAUUUUUUUUAAACUCCCAUCCUCCCCAUCCAUAAUCACCAAAAGACGGGAGUUGUGAUCCGACAACACCCAAGCUUGAGAAGCCCUGCCUUAACGGAUCUCAGUGCAAAAGCUGUUUUGUUCCUUGUGUGCAUCCAUAUUUAUUUGGUUUUCCGGCCAGAGACAUGGUGAGCUGUCCUCCCCUUUUAAAUAAAAGACCAGUAUUGGAACACAGGAGACCUUUGUGUGUGCUCUCGUAGACAUGUCUCACUUAAGGGCGCAAAGCCACACAAUUAGCUUGCCCUAAGGUGUUGCAUUGAAGUGUUUUGUACAGCUUCUGAAACUCUGUGUGUGCUGUUAUAAUUCAGUUGAUCAGGAAUUCCUCCCCAGGUCUUCAUUUUUUAGGAAAAGGGAAAAAGCACCUUACACUAAUUCUGGUGUUCAAAAUCGUUGGUCCACAGAUGUUGUUGGACUACAACCCCCAUCAUCCAGGGCCACAACUGUUGGGGGAUAAAGGAAGUUGUAGUCCGAUAUCUGGGGACUCAAGUUUGAAAACCUCUGCACUAACCUUUCUCAAUCUCUCUCUCAAAUAAUGAUGAUGAUGAUGAUGAUGAUGAUAAUAAAAAGGAGUACUGUAGUGUGGAAAUUUGCAGCCUUAGAUGUAAACUGUGCAGUUCUGGUUUUUUCCAGGGUCACGGUGUGAGGGCAAUCUAUGUGUGUGCUAGUAUCUCUGUACUGCCACCUGAAUGCAUGGAACCACUUUGGGUGCAUUUACUUUUUAUCAUCAAUUUCUUAAGAAAUUGUCUUUUGCACACUUAGGUUUCAGUGAAGUUCCCGUGGGGAGUAGGUGGGAGGAUUAGUUCUUAAAACAGGCAAAAUAAAACUUUGCAUGUUUUCCAACACCUUUCAACACUGGUCUUUCGUUGCCAGAAGUGACACAUAGAACCUGAUCCUGCACAUGUUUACUUGAAGGCAAGCUCUGCUAGUUCAGUGGGAUUUACUCCUCAGUGAACAUAUUUAGGAGGGCAGCUUUGUUGGGCUUCAGAGGAGGGUGUGAUUUUUCCUAGUUAAAAUUAUUGGCUCUUGCUUCUGUUGCUCUUUUUGCCCAGUAAUGGGGCAUGCAAUUUAGGUCACGCUACUCUGCUGUCUCUCUCCUGUAGUAAGGUUCCCCCCCGCCAAAAUAGCUUGGACACUGCUCUGGAUAGCCUUUCUACCUGCCAACCCCAGCCCUGCAUCUGGUUCUGGGCAGAAGUGUACCUAGGUAAUUUUGGAGCCUGGACCUGGAGGUCUCCUGCCCCGACACACACAAGUUGAGCAUCAUCAUGCUCGGCUGGGCAACCACAACACCCAGGACAGACUAAAAAGGAUUUGGAGGCCGCAAGGGGCUGUGGACGCCCUGGAAUUUGGCCCGGAAGUCCAGGGGUAAGAGCACCUCUGGUUCUGUGGCUUCAAGACCCUCUGAGAAGAUUUUCUGUGAGCUGCCCCCAGUGUUCCUGGACAGUGAUGGAAUGGGGAAGGGGCUGGGGCUUCAGGGAUUUUGGGAAUACAAACUCAAGUUGCAAAUGCGUGCCGUACAUUGAUGUCUUAAAACACCCCCCCACACACACUUUUUUCUGGUGGAGUUGGAUUUCAGAAAGGGAGCUAGAUGUAGGCCCCAACCCCAGUUAGGCACCAGAGCGUUGCAAGUUGUUCAAGCUUAAGGAUAGAGGAGGGCUCUCUAUGGGCCCCCCACAGUAUUGGGGUCAUGGAGAGUUGAGCAGCUGCUGGCCACAAGUACCUUGCUGCCUGCCUCCCAAAGGUCUCGGCUAUGGGUUGUCUGGCCUUCCCCAGUUCAUGCCUGAAGGCCUGGGCACAGGUAGGUCAGGUUUCUUGUCCAUGGUACUCAAGUUCUAAAACCUUCCUCCUGUGUGCCCCUCCUUGGGCCACAGCUGUAUCUUCAGGUCCUCCCUGUCCAGUGCAAAGGCCUUUCUGCCAUCUCACCUACGCUGGGUGUGACUGCUUGUGCUUUGGAGUCUAGAAGUGUUUAAACUGACGUGUGGUGAAUCGACGGGCCCUCUCCUAUUCACCUUCUAGUAGUCAGUCAAAAUCCGCUCUCCCCAGGCUUGAGUUCGGCACCCGUCUGUUUGGAACCAGACUGAUCCCAGCCCACGCCUGUGGAAUGGUUUGCUUUAGGUCCAUAGAUCCCAUCUGCCAUGUGUUGCUCCAGUUCUUUUCAGUGGGGUCCCCCCACAACAGCCAUUCACGACAACGGAGGGAGGCUGCCCAGAGGCUGCAUUGGAGGUUUUUGUGGCAUCGUGAGUCCUUGGACGUGAUAGAGGUGGCUGGGUAAGGUGGCUUGGUUUUGCGCCAGAGUCAAUGGCCGCUUAAGCUGCAACUGAGCUGUAUGGUCUUAGUUUAAAAAACCACCACCAAGGAGUGUUGGGGCAAGAGGAAGAUGGAACACCUAGAGGCCUUUUGCACACCAAGACUGAUGAGUGCAAAAGCCUGGCUGGGCAGAAAUUCAGCUGAAGGUGGGUUUCUUGCUUUCUCCCUUGCCAAAGUUUUCAGAAGGUAGAAAGGAGGAUCUUGCAAAGAAUGGUGCUUCCCAGGCUGUGGAAAUCUUUUUGUCUGGAGCAUUUGUUUGAGGGGUCAGGCGAUAAUAGAAGCAUUAGGGUCUUUCCCUGCCCCCUGAGUGCAACAUCUCCUGGCUAUCUGUACUGGGGGUUAAUUUGUUGGCUGCCAUGGCAAAAUCUUUCCUAUGGUCUUCUCAUGUUUAUAUACUGCAACAAUUCUUAUGGUUAAGUUCCCCACCAACUCACCCUCCCACCCCAACCUAUUUUAUAUUUUAAAGAGCGGGUGGGUGGGGACUAAACAUGGAGAGAGACGUGUGUAGAGCAAAUAAACUGACAGAUGCUACGUGAUGUAAAUUGUUGAAUAAAAAUUUAAGUUUC